AUGACUAGCGAGCACGAUGGUUCCGAUUCGAGAUCCCUUGACAUCAUCAACGCCUCUGACGAAAUCCUGAGCUCUUUAGAGAAGAAAGUGGAACAGUCACCUACCAGGGAAGAAAUGAAAAACGGCGUUCCAUUUACUAAAUCUUAUUUGAAGAAAAUUCUCGCGUUUUACACAGCUCCAAGGACGAAAUUUCUCAUGGAAUGUAUUGCGUACGUUGCAUUCCUACUUUUCUUCACCUAUACUCUAAUGUUUCGAGUGGUCGCGGAGGAAAUCACCUUAGAGGAAUCUCUACUGAUGGUCUACUUCAUUGGACUGCUCAUCGAUUCUAUAUACCAAGUGAGUUUCAAAUCCUCCAACACCACGUGUAGCGAUGAGGAGGGCAUAACCAACUGUCCGUCUUACAAUUUCAUGGUCCCUGUGCUAUUGGCGUUCUACAUGCUGUUUGCUUCAGUAUUACUACUUAAUCUUUUGAUUGCAAUCUUUAGCAAUGUGUUUCAGCAGGUAGAAGACCACUCAGUUGAAAUUUGGAAAUACAACAUAUACGCCCUCGUCGUGGGGUACAACGAGAAGCCAAUACUCCCUGUUCCAUUUUCGGCAUUACAAGUGAUGGUCGAACUAUUGGUUCUGUUGGUCCGAAGGUGCUCGAACAGACGCAGAAAAUGGUCCGGGAAUCAGGAAGAACAUCUAAGGACAGACAGUUCUAGAAGUGAAGCUGCCAGAAGUACGUGCGAUCGAAGGUGGAGAGACAAUGGAGCAGAACUGUUUGCUUUCACGAAGAGCAAAACAACUCGACUUGAAGAAACCCGUGACGCGGAAUGGAAGAUAGGAUUUUGCGAAAGUGGACAGCAAAAUACCAAGUCAGAAAUGGCGGGACUCCUGGAACAGCAAAAAAUUGAUGCUGAAUUGCGAAUGGCUCGGUUGUUCGAGACGCAUUGUAUGAAAAACCUUUUGACUCGACAAGAAAUGGAACGAAAUAGAACUGUAACUGGCGGAAUUUCCCAAAUAAAAUCAAGAGUAGAAGAACUACAGAAACAGAUGAGUGAGGUUUUAGAUCGGAUGCAGUCUUUUCAACAAACAGUGGGUGCUGGACAAUCUUCGCUCCCUAGAUUACAGCGUUUUACAGAGAGGGUUGGAAAGUUGAAUGCCGACAUGUGCAAGGAAGAGGACAAUAUGGAACGAAGUGAUUCCAAACGAGCGCAGCAAACCGUGGAGUCAAGCCAUGGGAAACGUACCGAUGACGAGAUAAAUGUUGACCGCUUACGAGUCAGUUUUCCCCCAUGAACCCAUUCAUGAAUAGUAGUUCCAUGUGGUCCGUACGGAACGAGGCUGCUGAAUGGCGUCGAACUUCAUCUGGACCCAAAUCCCAAUCAGACACAAACCAGCAACGGUAUCUACCAAAUUAUGAUUCAUGAUCGUGCUCUUCGGCUGAUUUGCUCCAAUUUGCUAUCAGUCCCUACAACUGGAAAGCUGAAUCGUGAGACCAUGACAACCACAAUCUGAUUCGCAGUCGAUUUUUGCAAUAUUCA